AUGGAGACAUAUGGUGGACUUGGAGAUGAGGCUGGUGGAUCAUGGAGAUGUGCUCAUGAGCUUCAGAUUUAUGAGUGUGAGAGAGUAAAAGAAACCAGAAUGCAUGGAAUUCAAAAUUUGGUUUGCGUUGCAACUUCAUGUGCGGUGCUUGAACUGGCUUCUUUGGAUGUCAUCAAAGAAGAUUGGGGUCUUGUGUACCUAUCAAAAUCACUCUUUGGAUCAGACAACAAGAGGGUCUCGCAGCAGGGCAGACAGGGCGAUGCAGUACUUGUUCCUCUUCUCGAAAAUGGGAUGUUUUCCGGAGCUCAAAAAGAGUUGUUGAAAUAUGGCUCAGUUUUCUUGACCAAAAUUGGGUCAAGAAUAUGA